AGUCCUUGAAGCUGCAGGGGCAGUCUGUGGAGGAGGAGGAGAGCAGGAUGGAUGUGACAUCACACUGCAGUGACAUCACUGAGAGCGGAGCCAAUAAGAACCCAAACCAACCAGAAUGCAUCUCAAGUCAGCCAAUGGCCAAUGGGACGCUCCCACAUCACAGCACAGAUGAGGCACCACCCCCUCUCUCAGAUAGGUCAGAAGAUGAUGACAUCAGUGAUGACUCUUUGACGGGCAGCUCCUCCACCAAUGACAUCUGUAGACUCCUCCCCUCUCAGCCCGCCUCUGCUCUCAGAAAACAGAAAGGUGUGGACAGCUUGUCAGUGUCUCCCCCCCCCGUCUGUACUCCUCCAUCUUCCUCAGUUACCUCUCCUGUUCUUCCUCCUCCUCCUCCUCCUCCUCCUCCUCCUUCUAGGUCAUCCACCUGUGACAGACACAGUUGCAACCUUCCUCGUCAUCAUCAUCAUCAGAGCACCAAUCAGAAGCGUCUCUCCUCCACUAAAAGCCACGCCUCUUUCAAGACCGACGCUGCCCAUAUUAAGGAGGUUGCUGGAGACGACUGUUGCGUUCACUGUCUCCUGGCCUGUCUUUUCUGCGAGCUACUAUCCAUGUGUUCGGCUGUGGGGGAGUGUCUGGCGUGUGGAGUGGGCGGGGCCGGGUGUUGUGAUGCUGCAGCUGGCUGUUGCUGCUGCGUGGAGGCGGCGGGGGAGGCGGCCUGUACGGAGGAGGCGUGUCAGGCUGUGUUGGAUUGUGGGAUACUGGAGGACUGCUGCGGCUCGUCUGACUGCUUGGAGGUUUGUCUAGAGUGCUGCUCCAUCUGCUUCCCCUCAUAGAGCAGCCAAUCAGAGCGAGACUGCAGGAUGACAUCAGAGAGAAGAAGGAUUGACCUGGGAUUCGCUCACUGCUUUGUUUCUGUGUAUAACUGUGAGUGACAACUCUCAGUCUGUGGUUCAUCCUCUAUGGAGCAGCAUCCAACUGACGUCACCAUCCAGAGCCUGAUCAGCUUCAGCACAUGAGGAUCAUGUCUGUAGAGAGGUGGAGUCAGAGCUGCAGCUGAUGACCUGGAACUGAAACCACCUGCAGGAACCGGACUGUUCCCAGGACCAGGUUUUCAUCGUUAGGAUCCAGUUCAACUAAUGGACCAAAGAUUCUGGACUUCUGAAAUGUUGGACAACUGUGCCACUCUCUGGUCCAGACUGAGACGCCUUAGUCUGGACUGACCUGGGGUCCAGACCUUAACAUCAUUUGAAAGGACACACUCAUUUUUCCCCUUUGUGCAGAAAAGUUUCAUCUGAUUCUGAUUUUGUUGAUCAACAAACAAACAACAACAAACACAAAGUUUCAGGCUUCAUUAAAGCUUCAAUAUAUAAGUUCGGGAAACGUUAUUGUAGCUCUAAGUAAAACUGAGCUAAAGCACCGUGAUCAUGGCCUCACACCUGUUCACUGAUUCCUGACACAUACUCACCUGUGUCAGUCUUGGAGUAUUUCUAGGGCCUUUUGUGAACUGAGGUAGUUCUGGAACAAGUAAUGACCAGGUGCUUAAUGAGCAGGUGUUCACUCUGACCAGAUGUCUGUCCCACACACUGAACCAGACAGUUGAAAGGUCACAGAGUCAGGUGUGACUCCUGUAUUGACUCAUCAGGACUCGUUAGUACAGCUCUACUCAAGUGAGUGUGUUGUGAUGUCCUCUCUGAGAAAACAAAGAUCUGUCAAAGCGACGCUUGACUCUGCAGCAAAAAUAAACCUCAUGUUCAGCCUC